UCAGGGACAGGGAGCGGGGAUUGUAUGGGGAGCAGGGAUUGUAUGGGAAGCAGGGGCUGUAUGGGGAACAGGGACUGUAUGGGGAGUAGGGACUGUAUGGGGAACAGGGACUGUAUGGGAAGCAGGGACUGUACGGGGAGCAGGGACUGUACGGGGAGCAGGGACUGUACGGGGAGCAGGGACUGUACGGGGAGCAGGGACUGUACGGGGAGCAGGGACUGUACGGGGAGCAGGGACUGUACGGGGAGCAGGGGCUGUACGGGGAGCAGGGGCUGUACGGGGAGCAGGGGCUGUAUGGGGAGCAGGGGCUGUACCGGGAGCAGGGACUGUACGGGGAGCAGGGACUGUACGGGGAGCAGGGACUGUACGGGGAGCAGGGACUGUAUGGGGAGCAGGGACUGUAUGGGGAGCAGGGACUGUAUGGGGAGCAGGGACUGUAUGGGAAGCAGGGACUGUAUGGGAAGCAGGGACUGUAUGGGAAGCAGGGACUGUAUGGGAAGCAGGGGCUGUAUGGGGAGCAGGGGCUGUAUGGGGAGCAGGGACUGUAUGGGGAGCAGGGACUGUAUGGGGAGCAGGGACUGUAUGGGGAGCAGGGACUGCGUGGGGAGCAGGACUGCGUGGGGAGCAGGGACUGCAUGGGGAGCAGGGACUGUAUGGGGAGCAGGGGCUGUAA